GUGCCACAUAUCCGUUUCAGAAACGGCAACUUUGUACAGUCAGCUUGAGCCGCGAAGCGAGUCCCGGCGCCGACAAAUGCACCCUUCGCUUCCAGGAUGUUUCCCCGGGACCCGGUUCAACGUCUGGUCGGCGCUCGGUGGAACUAAACCGCAGACUUCGGAAAUAAUUCAUAUUUGGGAAACUUUGGCGGCUCCGCAGCUAAUGAAGAAGAGCAAGUUAAGCGAACCGUGGCGAAGAUUAGCCAACUAAGCUAACGACGGUUUUCAGUGAGAGACGAGGAGAGUGCGCGUUCCUGCACUUCAUCUGAAGCCGGACACCUUUAGCUAUUGUAACGACGCUCUCGGUCUCUAUGACCAGCUCGCGUAGUGUGUGACAUCUAACUAUAUCGCUUGUUAAAGCUACUAUAGAGUACUGCAACAUGGAUCACAAUAAGCAUAAUUUGUUUUGGGGCUUAAGAUCUGUGCUGUUAUCAGCUGUGGGCGAUCGCUUUCAUUGAUUCCGCCUAUCCUUGAUCAAAUACGGACUAUGAGGUUGCCAGGAUAUUCCUCGGAGCAGGCGUGUUAAGCUCUGAUCAUCUUUCUCAUCUGCAAAGAAUGUCCGACUUUGAAAGUUCCGGUUCAUAUUCGGGUUUGGAGGAUCCGCAGUGGCUUUGCAUGGUCACGCUUUUCUUCGCGUCGCUGGUCACCCUGCUCCUGUACUUCGUCCAGUAUUUCCAGCAACGGGGCGGGGGACGUGAGCGGACAGCAGCCCAGGACAAUGCGGCGCAGGAGGAAGCCGCGGCUCUGCUGGGAUGGGCGCUGUCACUGAAGAGCUGGAAGAGCCAGUGGAGAGGAGCCUGGUGCAGGGCUUUGAAUGAGCGGUCGAGGAGGAGCGGGAGUCUGGUUCUGUUGACAUUUGAGGAGGAUGAUGAUAUGGAGGCAUCAGAGCUCAUGGUCAGCGAAGUGUCCAGCUUUCAGAAGUCGGGCAGAAACAAGGCCGCCCGCUGCAGUGUGGUCGGGGAAAGGCUUCAGUUCUCUCUUGGUGCAGCCACGGCUACAGCGGACCCUUGUAAAUACACCGUCUGCAUAUCUCCGCUGGAGCUGCAGCUUGACCUGCAGAUGCAAGAAGCUGCGGAUGUGGUCAAGGUGACCUGGGGAGUGUCUCGCUUGGAGACAGGAGAGCUGCAAGUGAAGCCUACUUUCCCCCAGAACAACUCCAACACCUCCAGUGUGGCAGCCGUGAAGGAGCAGUUGAAGCAGCUGUUGUGUGCGACGCGUCCCUCUGUGUUGCUGAGCUGCAGGCCCGCUCAGGCCUCAGAGGUCAAGGAAGCGUGCAACAACAUGCUUUCACCCCCGAAACCCCCCCGCGCCCACGACUGGAAGCUGCUGGUGAAGAACAUCCGCGUGACACUGAACCAGGAGGAGGGUGCUGCAGGCAGUACGAAUCCUCUGUGUGUAAUGCAGCUAGACGAUCCUCCACAGAGGCUUAACACCUCCGUUUUGAAGAACACAACCAAUCCUGCCUGGGACCAGCCCUUUAUCUUUGAAUUGAACGGACGAUCAAAAGCGCUCAAUAUUCAGUUAACGAAUGAUGGACAACCUCAAGAGAACUCAUUGCUCGGCCAGGUGUCGGUGCCUUUUGAUCUGGUCAAGAAGCAGCCCAAAGGACAGCAAACAUUUUCACUCAUGACUAAAGACGUAGUGACUGGAUCACUAACUACUGAUUUUACCUAUCUGGAGCCCAGUGAGGUGAGGUCCUGGCACUCUCCCACCCCAGCCUCCAAUAAGAGGGUGGAGAUGGACCGUACAGUCAUGCCCUGUGGCACGGUGGUCACCACCAUCACCGCGGUGAAGAGCAAGCCGGGCCGACCCUCCCCUCUUGGACUCAACUUAGAUCCUGCCCAGAAAGCGGUGGCCACCAAGUCUAAACUGUCGGAGCGCCGCGUGUCGGAGCAGGCCUCCAUGAUGGGGGCCACAGUCAGCAAGGCCUUGUCGUCCUCGGACACCGAGCUGCUGAUGCUCAACGGCACCGACCCGGUGGCCGAGGCCGCCAUCAGACAACUCCACCAGUCCGCUAAGCAGAAGCUCAAGUCCCCGGUGAAGAAGAGUACAAUCAUCAUCUCUGGCAUCGCCAAAACGCCCUUGUCUCAGGACGACGAGCUCGCUCUGAUGGCGGGCUACGCCGCGGCGAUGGACGCCUCCAUGUCAGAGGGCAGCUCCACUCAGGAUGUGACCACGGCGAUCGCAACCGGGCCCAGUAGCCCUCCAGACUCAUCCGAGCCCAAUGAGGGCCCCAGUGGAAUCGGCCGGCCCCCAGAGGACUGGGAGAGCCAGACCGGAGAGGGGCUGGACAACAGCUCGCUAUCCAUGUGCGUGUCCGAGGCCAGCUGCAAGAAGAGAAGAGGCAGCUUCCUUCAGAAGAGCGCCAAGCUCUUCUUCCGGCGGCGUCACCAGCGCAAGGAGCCGGGGAUGAGCCAGUCGCACAAUGACCUGGUCUACCUGGAGUCUCCGGGCGCGGGGGAGCAGGCCAGCCGAACGGCCACGCUCAGCCGCAUGCUCAGCCGCAGGAGUAAGAACAAGGGCAAAGCCAACGGCGCUACCUCCACGGGGGAGCCACGUGCGUGACCCCUUCAGGCCCUCCUCCGAACAACUACUACCAUCACCGCCUCCACCUCAAUCUUGCACCGGCGUACUUCCUGGCCGAGCUACUCCUCCUAACGCCCAGUCCUGCAUUGUGAAUGGGGAAAGCUGUGCAGAUGGAGGGGCGUGGGGGGGGAAUAUCCUCUUUUAAACUGCUGUUUCCUGCUUCCUGUUCCAGAGACAGAUAUUCCACCGAAAGCAAGCGUGUGCAUGUGAGAAUGAAGGUCUCCUGUCUUGCUUUAACGGCAUUUCAGAGGAUAUUGUUUCGCAUGUUUCUUUCAUUCAAAUUGUAUGCAACAUUUUUGAAAUCUUUGAAGCGCUUUUGUGGCCUUUUUUUACCGGCAGACUCCUUACCUCACUGACAAUGAGGGCGAAGGUUAACUCUCCCUGCUGUAAUCCGUGCGCUUCCUACGGUGGACCAACAGCACCAAAGAUGAGCAGCGUUUGUAUGAUUUGCACAAUUAGAGUAUCUUUAUUUAAAGUGCAAUGACGAGAGCUGCCCUUGUAUCACAUUCACAAAGCGAGAUGGUAACGCGACUACUUUUUAACACUAAUACUAUCAAAUGUGGUAUUUAUAUCUGUUAAUUAAAAAAAUUAAAAUAAAUGUAAUUUGAAUUCCAUGUGAACAGCCAGAUGUAAUGUGCACAUUACAUGCUGGAAAAAACAAAGCGAUUCGCAAAAAAACUAAAGUCAGCCUUGUGUCUAACAAAGACAUCGGAAGCAUCCGUGUGGGAUUGGAAUACCGGCUUCAGGGAGAAAAGAAGCAGUGAAACUGUGGUUUACAUGGAACUUUAGCUCCAUGAGAGCGUUUUCAAAUGAUAUGCAACUUUCUUCUUUGUCUUCCUAAAAGAGUCCACCUGUACACUACUGUCCUCAGCAGGGUUGUUAAUGUGUGUAAAGGGAACCCGGAAGAACCUUUAAUCCAGGGACUGUGACGUUACAGCCACAACGUACUAAGGAAAAUCCAUCCGAAAUGAAGUCCUCCAUUCUUUUAUCGGAUUUGUUGUUGUUUUUAAAAGAUGUAGCUUUGAACACAUGAACAUGUGAACGAACACCUUUUGGGACCUCUUUUUUUUUCUUUUUUUUUUCAUCCAGCUAAUGAUUGUAUUUUUUUUUUUUUUUUUUGGGCGAGCAGCUUGUUGAAGACAUUUUCUGUACAGUAUACUGUCUCUUCAAUAAUCUGCUCAGAGAAGGGAUGCGGCAGACUAACAGAUUGCCUUACAUUUAGUCAGAGGGGAGUGGACUUGUACUUUUGGUUCCUGAGGCCGCGUCCCGCCGUCACACCAGAGGGCUGAAGGACUGUUUGAGGGGGGGAUGAGGUUACCGUCACGUUCCUGAACCAUCGGCAUUGUCGAUCAUCUAGAAGCCUAUGCACAUAACAUGUUAACUCAGCGUUUGCAUUAUUAGACUAUCUGAGAAUUAAAAAACAACAGUUGUCAACAAGUGUCUUGGUAUUUGAAGUACAUGCCACAACUGGGAGCCCUCUCUCCUCACAAUCAUGGGCUGCAGUAUGUUCUCAAACAUAUGAAAUCCCAGAUUUAUGCUGAAAAGAUCUUUCAGACAGAAUCACAUUUAAGCUCUGAGGAAGGAGAGGGGGGGUGUUUUAAUCAUGCUCAGCUUCAGAACUUCUAGCAGCCGGCCACGGUCAUAAGCAGAAGGGCUGCAUGUGAUUAAUAACUUCAUGAUGGGGUUUUUUUUUUUUUUAUCGGCACCUGCUCUGUGCACAGGAACUGACUGGCAGGACGUCAGUCAUUUCCCCUGCAGGGAUUGUAACUAAUAUACCUGUCGAGUUAUUUUAUUUUCAGCAAUAAAUAUUGAUUGAAUAACCGA